CGGUUUUAUUGUUGUCAAUGGACGCGCAUGCGAACUUUGAGUCUGUAUUAACAUAUUCAUAUAAAAAGAAUAAUCCUGAUGUACAUUGUAUAUUUCAGCGCUUAUCUCCUUUUUAACAUGCACAUUUCAUUUUGAGGAUGGAAUAUUUACAUCGUGCAUCAGAAAAACUUUAUGUCGGACUCUCUCGAGAGGGUGAAAUAGCUUCGCAGGAAGAACGGGACAUGAGAAGGGAUAUAAUGGACAUAAAAAAUAGAAUAGAUAACCAAAUUCUCCCCUUUGGAUACAGAGUCUUGUACAGUGGAAGCAAAAGAGAGGGAUUUCGAUUGGAAAGUUCAGAUAGUGACAUAAUGGUAUGGCCGAUAUCUCAUAAAGUUAUAUGUGAUUUAUCUCAAGGCAGACAUUACAAUUUUCCAAACACUACGCUGAUAUUGAUGGAAAGUGAUCAUAAGCUGCCCGGCUAUGUUCUUCUUCAAUUGCUAAAUGCCUCAAACAGACCUGAUGUUAUAUUUGCAUGUUUUCCUAUGAAUAACAGACGGUACAUUUCUAGCAGUACAUACAGUAACAUCAUGUGUUCUAUUCUCGGAGGACCAGGAUCUGUCCCUCACGGUCCAUGUUUCAGUGGAACUUUGGGACAUAAUGAUUUUGACCUCGCGUUUUGUUUCAAGUCCGACUUCUGGCCCACUCAAGCCAUUUCCUGGAUAGGUAGAUGUAGAAAUUGGCCUCCACCUCAUAUGGUCCGGAACAUCAUCAAUGACGGAUGCCAUGUCGUACCAAUUGGUCACCGUUCAUCUUUAUAUGAAAAGACCGAAUGGAGGAUUUCAUUUUCACAGGCAGAGCAUAAACUCGCGGAUUGUCUGAGUCACUGCCAAUUCUUGUGUUUCAUUUUACUAAAAAUGUUUCUUAAAGAGGUCCUGAAAGAAGAAAUUAAAGAAUUACCAUUAUGUUCAUAUCACAUGAAAACGGUAUUAUUCUGGGUUAUUCAACAAAAUAUCAUACCAGAGUGGCACCCACAAAAUCUUUUAGAAUGUUUCCGAAUAUGUUUUGAAACUUUUAUCAACUACGUUUAUCAUGGCGUAUGUCCAAACUUCUUCAUUCCAGAAAACAAUAUGUUCUUUGGGAAGGUUUACGGAAACGUGCAGCACAAUUUGUAUCAGCAGCUUAUCAGCAUCGAGAGGAUCUGGCCAUCAUGUUUAUUAUUGAGCCCAUCAAUAGAAAAACAAUUACGUAGGUAUACCAAUUGUCCAAUCCCAGUCGACCUUCAAGUUAAACUUCCUAUACCUAAAUUUGAUGGUGAAUAUUUCUUUGAAAUAUUCUCUUAUACUUUUUAUCAAAUAAAAAUCAUCUUCAAUCCCAUCAAAAGCUUACAUGUGCUAGAAAAAAUUCUGAAAGAUAAACAUUUUACAAUUACAAAGUACCAGAAAACAUUUAUGCAAGUCUAUGCAUCAGAAGUUUUUCGCAUACUUGCAUUUGAAACAUUGUCUUAUUGCACAAAUGCUUCUAAUAAAACACGAUAUCUUUUAGAAAUGAGAUCUGAUGAGAUGUUGAGGUUGUCACGAAAAUUAGGUUUUCUGUCCACGUCCCUUUAUGUAGCGCUUUUCCUUUAUCAAACAAACAGAUAUCUAAAGGCCGUAAAGGUCUUGGAGAGUUUAAAGAUCGAGAUGUUCAAGAAUUCUUUGAUGUACAGAUACACAAGAGAUGACUCAGCUUACGGGGAAGCUGUAGAAGGACUACCAUGGUCCAUAAGAUUGAAUCGGAAUUUUGUCACAGACAUAGUAUUAGAUAGUGACCUUAUUUAUCUCAGCGAGUUAAGUCUGGAACAGGAGGACUGUAAGAAAAAUUUAAUGCCUGCAAUUGGUAUUCCUCCAUUUGUCAUGCUUUAUUUUCUAUUGGUCUUGUGCUACCGUCGUGUUAACGCAAGGAAAUCACAGGAAGCUUUAGAUGAUUUCCUUAUCUUUCUUCACAAUGACAAUGGAGAAUACGUGCUUAGCGAGUUCAGGAACAUAUCAUGGCAGAUACUAGGGAUCUGCCAAGAACUCACUGAUCAUAAGGAAGCCGCUUUGGUCUCUUACAAAAAGGCUGUUGAAGAAGAGAAUCAAGUUAAUAGGAUAAGUGAGGCAGCCAUAAAAAGAAUUGAUAGAAUUCAAUCUGGUCAGUAAAAUUAAAUGGGAUGAUGAAAUUUAUAUGAUGACAGAAUUGUAUGGACACAAAAGACAAGGAUACCUGUACAUACCUGUCUUUGUAAUACAGAGACAUGAUUGUGCAAGAUUAUUGGGAAAUAACAAACCAUAGUAUAAUAAUUCAUUUAGAUUUAACUCGAAAUAUUUAAUUUAUCUCUACGAAUUUUUCACAUAUUUUUUGGUCAUCGAGUAAAUAAAAAAAAUACAGUAUACAAUAAUUAAUGCAGAGUAUGAAAUGUCUUUAAGUCAUGUAUUCAUUUAUGUAUUAACUAAAGAGUGUUCCAAGAAACACAUAUGUCGUCUGAUUUGUAGCUUCAUUAAAGGUGUAAAUAAAAC